AUGGUUUCCAACCAAAAUUCUAAUAUAUUCUCCGGGAAACAGCCCGGAGAUGUGAAUAAGUUGGAAAUUAUUAAUGUUAAAAAAUUCCUUCAAUCUCGACACCAGGAAAUCGAUGAAAUGUUUGAGAUACUGAAGAAGAAUGAUAAACAGGAGAGGGUAUUUCAAAAGUUGCCUUUUGUAAUGAGGAGAAGGGCCAUGUCGCACAAUCCGUUUAAGAUUCCAAAAAAUAUUCGCAUACACAUCCUCAGAGAAAUGACCAAAAAUGCUCCCAAGGCCUCUAAAAGGAUUAAAAAAAAUAAAAGGAAGAAGUUGAAUAGGUUAGAGGAAUAUCAGAAGAGGUACCAGAAGAACAAGUGGCUUGAAACGCACCUGUAUCACGCAAAAAGGUUUAAAAUGGAUAGCGUUUGGGGGUACAGGCUGGCGCUAACGCCUACACAGAAGUCUAAAAGGCGCUUUUUACGUUACCUGAAACAGAGAUGUGUAAUUCAUGAUCGGUCCUAUUUGGAGGUUUUGUCAGUCACAGGAGAGAUGAAAGACCUGAAAAAUGGGUUCAAGCACGUGUUUUCAGACUACUAUCUGAUGUUUCAAAAAGUUUACACUUCUGGCAAUUUAAGGGGCUCAUGUUUCUGCUAUUCACGAAGAAAUGAGCCGUCUGUUGAUACCAACAAAGAUCACAUGGAUGUGGAUGGACAGAAUUCUGACAAAUUCUUUGAAGUGAACGACGAAUAUGAAUUGAUAGGACCAGUAAAUUAUUUAUGGGUCCCCGAAAAAGACUCGGAGGAGACGAGAACGAUUUGGUUAUUUGUUCAUCCAGUAUCUAUAUCGCAACUGUUCAGUAUUUUAUCGCAAAACAAGGAGCUUAAAGUUGACCAGGUUAACAACCUGGUCAAAUUUGAACUUUUUGGGCCGUUGUCACUUAUGGCACUGAAAAGUGUGCUAAAGGUUGACGUAAACUAUUCUGAGUGCAAUCGAAUGUGGCACUCGCUGGACUACAGUCGGUUCAAUAUUGGCAAUUCGCUAACAUUGCCACUGUUUAUCAGCGUUCCCAAAGCGCAUGGAAACUGUAAACUAUCAUCCUGGGGGCCAAACAAGUUAAAUGAAAGCGCUGAAUCUGUAAUUUUAGAGCCAGAUCAGUCUAAAUUGAGCAGUGAAAGACUGCAGUUUUAUGAAUAUAAAUCCACACCUGCACAAGUCAACGUUAACAAUCUCCUUAGAACCAGGAGAAGGAAAGACUAUUCUAAAUUAGUGGAAAAGUUAUUGGAAUCUCUAUCGAGUACUUCUAGCAGGUCGGCAGAUAAAGUUAAACAGAAAGACGAUAGCAGUGAUUUAGGAGAACCUAAAAUACCAAUAUUGGUGAUAUUUAGGAACACACAGCCGUUUGGAAUAGAUGUGCUAAUGCCGUCCAAUAGCAAUGCAAGUCAACUAUGGGUACUGUUGAAUCGUCAUGGAUGUCUGAGUUUCGGAUUACACGAGAGGCAACUUAUGAUGAACCACUACCAAGUGUGUUCGUUUCCAGAGGAUUUCCCGGAAACUGAGCUCGGCGAACGCUAUUACAAUGAUUUAUUGAGGAGUGAAAUGGUUAAGUACAUUCUGAGGCCUGCGAACAAGAGGGUCAACUACUCCUUUUUGGGGGUGAACAACGCCUUUGUGUUGCCAGUAAACUUGAACGAGCAGACGCUCAAUUUCACACUCGACCUCCAGGAACUUAAGAACUUUAGGAGCUCUCAGGGCUCGCUUUUUAAAUCCAGGCAUCUUCUUCUUAGUUCGUUGUGCUCAGGCCUGUAUCAUUUUCCCACCAACGAGGACUUCAAAGUGUUACGACCAACGAAUUUCCCCUACAACAAGCACAACGUUUACGUCCAGAGACUACUGGAUCAAACGCUUGAACUUCUGGGGAAGAACAGAGAAAACAAAGGUGAGGGCACAUCGGAGCCCGGACUUAAUCUUAAAUUGGGAAGUGACUACUAUGUCGCCGUGAAAUUAAGCUCAUUCAAGGGAGCUUUGAACCUCCUGAGUAGGCUACACAAGGCAGAGCCGAAUGACCUGAAAACAAUUCCCCCUGAGGACCUGAAGAGGAUUUUAAACAGGAACUUUACGCUGACGAGCUACAUGAGGAUAAAGGAGCCGUUUCAUGAUGAGUUCAAAUUGUCGAACCUGAAGGCCAUGCUACACACCAAAAACUCGAAAACCUUGGACCAAGCCUUGGUUCAGAGGGUUUUGGCCGAGAUAAACACGAGAGGCAUUAAAAAUUCGAGGGAAAUGAUCGGCUUCGUAACUUCAAAAGGUUUACACCCAAAUGCUCACCUUUAUUCAGACACCGUUAGCUCCGGGGUGGGCCUUGUAAAACUGGACGCGCUACUGGGUAGUGUUUACAACACACUAUCUGUUUUGGGAGGUGAGAGGGCACAAAAUUCAUUUGCAACUUAG